AUGUCACGACUUCCAACUCCAGCCAUGUCGGGCGGCUUCAUUAUCAAAGACAAGCCCGACGGGGAUGCCUUCACAUUACCUCCCGCUGCAUUGAGCACUGCCAGUCGCAGAUCUUCCCGAUCAGAUCCUUCCUAUGUCCCACCAUCACCGACCUCUCCAGACCUCUCGGGCCGUACGAGUAACACCGGACGGGCAUCUGUCAAACGCCCACUCGAGGACUUUGAUUUGCCUCCGCCACCAACCAGAACUCGCAAGAUCAUCCAGAUGAAACCAAAAUCGCCCGCAAAAACCCACAAGACAAGAGAAAAUGGCAAGGGUUCACAGAACUUAGAAGACCCAGUGCCCAACCCCACAUCGACUUCCAAGAGAAAACAACCCAGGGCAACUAGCGCUGCAGGGCGCAAGAUCGCCCGCAAGACCGCACACAGUUUAAUUGAGCGUCGACGACGGUCCAAGAUGAACGAGGAAUUCGGAACAUUGAAGGAUAUGAUUCCAGCAUGCACUGGACAGGAAAUGCACAAGCUGGCUAUUCUUCAGGCAAGCAUUGACUAUGUCAAUUACCUAGAGAAAUGUAUCCGCGACAUGAAGACUGGAGGAUCAUCCCAAACCCUGGCCGCACCACCCUCACCAACAUCCCCCGAGUUCAUCACAGAAACAGGCGCUGAGCCUAUGCGGAGGGAUAGUUCUUCUACUUAUUCAUCAUACUCCACCUCUGCAUCACCGGAGUUGCAAGCUGCUCCCACAGAAUUCCCUGAUACAUCCCCGUCUUUCUCCCCACGUACCCAAGUACCCUCAGCCCAGAUCCCGCAGGAUGCUUCAUCUAUUCUUCCUAGCCCGGCGCUGGGCCCGAUUUGGGCCUCGAGCGAGAAGAUGCAUGAGUUUCAGGGUGUUGAUCACGAGGCUUCAGCUGCCUUGCUUAUGUUGACUCAGGAUCGGAGAGGGACUGCCGAUUCGAUCAGUGAGAAUUUCUCUGGGAGUACGGCACUGACCAUGUCCGCGGAAGAGACGCCAGCUGCACCUGAGAUUCAAAGGAGGAAGGGCAUGAGUGUCCGCGAUCUUCUUAUUUCAUAG